AUGGAUAUCCGGAAUUUCUUUGGCGGCAAGCCAGGUCAAGGCUCCAGCGACGCCGCCGCGAAGCCCGCGGCCAAAAAAGAGGACUCAUCCACCACAAGAAAGAGGCGCAGUAGGAAAGUUGUGGAUGACAGUGACGAGGAAGAAGAUGUAGCACCAAGCAAAGCUCCCGUUACCAAAGCGAAGUCCAAGAAUCAGCCAAAGCCUGAAGACACUAAAGAAGAACCUACAACCUCCUCCGCCUAUUUCGCCUCCAGUAAGAAGAAGACACGACCUGCCAAACCGACUGAGCAAGCUCAGCCCGAUAAAGCCAAGAUUGUUGCCGAAAGUCCCAAACCCAAGAAGACUGCCGAAGAACCUGUGAACAAAGGACGAAGCACUACCCGAGGAUCAACAAAGAAAGCCACAAGCGUCCUUGAGGAUGAAAAUCUCGGCGCCGAUGACAUUUUUGCAACCGAAUACGGAAAGGCCGGCAAAGGAGAGGACGCUUAUGUGGCCGGGGAUGAUAGCGACCAGGACAGUGACUUCGAAAUGCUUGAGGUGAAGCCAGCCGCUGCAGCAUCGAAGAGGACACAAAAGAAGCAAUCUUCUCGCGAUGACGAGGAUGACGUGGUCAUGGAAGAUCUCCCCAAGAUUCCUGCUCCGAAGGCUCGACCUGGCCGCAAGCGCAAAUCGGAAGUUCUCAUCGACGAGGAUGAAGAUGGUGACUACCAAGAACCCAAAAAGGCAGCCCCAAAGGCCAAGGCCGCAACAUCACCAGCUGCGAAAAAGCAAAAGGCUAGCCCGAAAAAGGCUAAAAAGGAGGACAAACCAGAAAGCAAAGAGGUCCAAGAUAUCUUCGACAGCAUUCCUACGAUUGAGGCUCCAGAACCUCCUAAGGGUGAACCAAAGAAAUUCAAAUUCGGAGCACAGCAAAGCCGGGACCCGGCAGCGACUGGGACUAAGGAAAUGCCCGUUGGGCAAGAAAACUGCCUUGCUGGCUUGUCAUUCGUUUUCACCGGUGUUCUGGAAUCCCUCGGUCGUGAAGAGGGUGCGCAAUUGGUGAAGAAGUAUGGAGGCAAAGUCGUUGGGGCUCCUAGUUCUAAAACGAGCUAUGUUGUCCUCGGAGGUGAUGCCGGCCCAAAGAAGCUUGAGACCAUUGCGAAGCAUAAGAUCAAGACUAUCAACGAGGACGGUCUCUUCGAAUUAAUUCGACGACUACCUGCCAACGGCGGUGAUGGAAAGGCAGCCGAAAAGUACGCCGAGAAACUGAAAGCUGACGAGGCCAAAGUCCGUGCCAUGGCGGCCGAAAUCGAUGCGGAGGAGAAGAAACGAGAAGAGCAAAAACGAAAGAUGGCUGCGGCUCAAGGACCCAAGAUCACCGCCACAGCAUCUCAGACGCCACCAAGCUCACAGCCCACAUCAUCUGGUGAUCUCUGGACGACGAAGUAUGCCCCAACAUCAACCAGUAUGAUCUGUGGUAAUAAAGGUGCCGUGGAAAAGAUUCAGAGCUGGCUGCGGAACUGGCAUGCCAAUGCUCAGGCCGAUUUCAAAAAGGGUGGUAAAGACGGUUCGGGAAUAUACCGUGCUGUUAUUAUUCAUGGUCCCCCGGGAAUCGGAAAAACUACAGCAGCCCAUCUCGUGGCGAAGCUGGAAGGAUUCGAUACCGUGGAGACCAACGCCAGUGACACCAGAAGUAAGAAGCUUGUCGAAAGCUCUACCCUGGAAAAGAUCGUCCUCAUCAUGGAUGAGGUUGAUGGUAUGUCUGCCGGUGAUCGUGGAGGUGUAGGAGCUGUCGCAGCCAUUGUCAAGAAGACCAAGGUUCCAAUCAUUCUUAUCUGCAAUGAACGAAAGCUUCAAAAGAUGAAACCUUUCGACUUCAUCACUUAUGACGUGCCAUUCAGACGCCCGACUGCUGAGCAAAUUCGGGCAAGGCUGUCCACUAUUUGUUUCCGAGAAGGCCUCAAGAUUCCGCCUCCUGUACUUGACGGCCUCAUUGAAGGAACACAUGCCGAUAUCCGCCAGGUCAUCAACAUGCUUUCCACCGCAAGACUGGAUCAAAAGGGUCUCAAUUACGACGAAGGCAAGCAGAUGUCAAAGUCGUGGGAGAAGAACAUCAUCCUCAAGCCGUGGGAUAUUGUCAGCAAAAUUCUAAGCGCCCAAAUGUUUUCCCCGAGUUCCACUGCUACCUUGAAUGACAAGGUCGAGCUUUAUUUCAACGACCACGAGUUCAGUUACCUGAUGCUUCAGGAGAAUUACCUCAAGACCAAACCCGCUCUUGCAGGCAAAUAUCAUGGCCAGGAACAGCGACUGAAAUCACUUGAAUUGCUGGACAAUGCCGCCUCGAGCAUCAGUGACGGUGAUCUUGUCGACCGCAUGAUCCACGGCACCCAGCAGCAGUGGAGUCUUAUGCCCACCCAUGCGAUCUUCAGCUUCGUGCGGCCGGCCAGCUUCCAGUACGGAAACUUCAAUGAGCGGCCUGCAUUUACUAGCUGGCUGGGCAAUAACAGCAAACAUGGCAAACUAUCACGGUACGUCAAGGAAAUACAGGGCCACAUGCGUCUUCGUACCACAGGUAACCGCGACGAGAUCCGUCAGCAGUACAUGCCCUUGCUCCAGGAGAAGAUGAUACGCCGCAUGAUGGACGAAGGCAAGGACUGCGUCGACUCGGUCAUUGAUCUCAUGGAUGAAUACUAUCUCACUCGCGAGGACUUCGAUUCCAUGGUUGAACUAGGACUCGGCCCAAUGGACGAGUCUAAAAUCAAACUUGAGACACAGACCAAAGCCACCUUCACGCGUCUGUACAAUUCGCGUUCGCACCCCAUGCCAUUCAUGAAGGCCAGCAGUGUUGUGGCACCUAAGCAAACAAAGAAGGAGAAGCCUGAUAUUGAAGAUGCCCUUGAAGGAUCCGAUGAAGAAGAAGUUGUCGAAGAGACCAAGAAUGAGGACGAGGAAGAACUUGAUCUGAAGAAGGACAAGUAUGUGACCUUGCCUAAGAAAAAGAAGGCGCCGGCCAAGGGCAAGAAGACGAAGAAGGCCGAUGGUGAUGGUGAUGCUGAGGAUGAAAAGCCGAAAAAGGCUCGUAAGAGUAGGGCCAAGGCCAAGGCUUGA